AUAUAAUCGGAACACUAGGGGGCAGUGUGGAGCUCACAUCUCCUUUGAGUUGCGAACUACCGCUAAGAUGAAGAAGCCUUCAUGAAAACAUUACCAGAGAGGCGAGAGAGCGCUGUGACACAGGAGGAGAGACGGCUUCAUCUGAUGGCAGCGAGGAACUGAAGGAACUCAAACAUGAUGGAGUCUGUGAUCAACCUCCUGAACACAUUUCACCUUAAAGCUGGUGGGCUGUCAGUGACUCUCAGCCUCUUCAUCAUCUUCCUGGGUCUCCUCUACUGGUAUUCAGUUUACCCCUUUUCGGUACUUUCUCGAUGUGGCAUCAAACAUCCAAAGCCUGUGCCUUUCUAUGGAAACAUAUUCAUGUUUCGCCAGGGUUUUUUUGAACCUAUGAAAGAAAUGAUAAAGACACACGGGAGAGUCUGUGGGUAUUAUUUGGGCCGGAGACCGGUGGUUGUGAUUGCAGACCCAGACAUGCUCAGACAGGUGAUGGUCAGAGACUUCAGCAGCUUCCCCAACAGAAUGGCUUUUCGCUUCGCCACCAAACCCAUGACCGACUGUCUGCUCAUGUUGAGGAACGAGCGCUGGAAGAGAGUGCGGAGCAUCCUGACCCCAUCGUUCAGUGCUGCCAAGAUGAAAGAGAUGGUCCCUCUGAUCAACACAACCAUCAAUGCUCUGAUGAACAACCUUGACGUCUACGCUGAGUCAGGAGAGGCCUUCGACAUCCACAAGUGUUUUGGCUGCUUCACCAUGGAUGUUAUUGCCAGUGUGGCAUUUGCAACUCAGGUGGACUCUCAAAACAACCCCGAUGACCCAUUCGUCAGCCACGCACAGAUGUUCUUCACCUUCUCUUUCUUCAGGCCCAUCAUGUUGUUUUUCAUUGCCUUCCCGUUCAUCGCAGCUCCUCUGGCAGCACUCAUCCCCAACAAACGACGAGACAAGAUGAACAAUUUCUUCAUCAACUGCAUUCAGAAGAUCAUCGAGCAGAGAGACGAGCAGCCUCCUGAACAGAGGCGUCGAGACUUCCUCCAGCUGAUGUUGGAUGCACGAACCGACAGGGAGAGUGUUUCUCUGGACCAGUUUGACUCAGCGACCCACGCCGAGGCGCUAGAUAACAAGAACCAGCAGACACGAGCCUCCGACCAGGACGAGCAAGCCAGCACUCACGAGUCCCCCGGCAGGCGUCAGCAGAGAAAGAUGAUGACAGAGGACGAGGUUGUCGGUCAGGCUUUCGUCUUUCUUCUGGCAGGAUAUGAAACCAGCAGCAACACGCUGGGUUUCACCUGCUACCUGCUGGCUCUCCACCCUGAAUGUCAGAGCCAGGUUCAGGAGGAGGUGGAUGAUUUCUUCACCAGACAUGAGUCACCAGAUUACAAUAAUGUCCAGGAGCUGAAGUAUUUAGAUAUGGUCAUAAGUGAAGCGUUGCGUCUCUACCCUCCUGGGUUCAGGUUCGCAAGAGAGAUUGACCAGGACUGUGUGGUGAAUGGCCAGUUCCUCCCCAAAGAAGCAACGAUCGAGAUCCCAGCUGGCUUCCUUCACUACGACCCCGAGCACUGGCCAGAGCCGGAGAAGUUCAUCCCUGAGCGGUUCACUCCAGAGGCCAAGGCCGGCCGACAUCCAUUUGUCUACCUCCCGUUCGGGGCCGGUCCUCGUAACUGUGUUGGAAUGAGGUUGGCUCAGCUGGAGAUCAAAAUGGCUCUGGUGCGUCUGUUCCACAGGUUCAACAUUGUGGCCUGCUCAGAGACCAAGGUUCCUCUGGAGCUGAAGUCUUCCAGCACUCUAGGACCAAAGAAUGGCAUUUUUGUGAAACUUCAAAGGAGAGACCAAGUGAAUCCUACAUCAGAAAACUAAGAAUGAAAUAUGGUGGAGGAAUGUUCUUGACCUUCUAAAUCCCUGCAUAUGGUUUCUUCAGCUGGGAUGGAAACAAAGUGAGAAUGACUUGCUCUACUUUCGAGAGCAGCUAUCAGCCUCUAACUGCACCAUAAAGCAAUAAUGUGUUUUUUUGCUGUGAUUUUAAAACAGCUGCAACACUGGAGUCUGUUGUAAAGGGUAUCUGGAAAAACAAGGCUUCAAUCGAUUCUCUUAGUUAUUCCUUUCUUUAUCUGUGCAUAUAAUAUUUUAUCUUUUAUAAUGAUCUUUGUUUUUAAUCCAAUGAACAAAGAUUGAAACUUGUGAAGCUGAACCGAUACGUUUGCACAUUCCUUCACCUGUAUGAGUAGCUGCUGUUUUUUGCAUUCAUUUUAAUAUUGCUUCUAUGACUGAUGGUUAAUAAUUUGAUUAUGAAUGAUACAGUCACAGAUAUUGAUAGCAGAGGCUGACGUCAGCUCAUGUUUAUAAAGGACGGACCUCUGUCAUCUGUGUUACAAUGUGUUGCUGAUUUAAUUUGAAUUUACUGAAAACUUUGUGCACUCACCUGAAAGCUGCUAUGUUAGAGGUUUAUGGAAAGGACAGGAAAUCCACUUUGUAGUUUUAAUCCAGAUUACUUGAGUCUGUUGAUCAAAUGUGUCAGAAUAAUGAAUAAAGUGAAAGCUUCUUAUCACUUUUCCUUUGAUGACGUGAUUUAUAAGUUUGAAGUUGAACAUGUAUUUGAUCCUGUGUGUGGGAGUUGCAGAGGACUGAUUGUAUCUGUUGGACGUUCAGAACUGGUUGUUUUGUGGUGAAUUAAAAAAAAACAUACCUCGA